AUGUCAUCCUUAAGAGAUAGACAAGGUCCACCUCCUGAACAAUUAUGGAAAUCUUGGGAUCGUAAAGCACGUAAACAAGGUUUUCAUUCUACAAUUUAUUCAUCUGAUGGUUCACAAUAUAAAGGAGAAUGGAAAAAUGAUAAAAAACAUGGUAAAGGCAUUUAUAUAUGGAAAUCUACAGGAGAUUUUUAUGAAGGUGAUUUUGCUAAUGAUGCACGAAAUGGUUUUGGUACAUUAACAGUCAAAACAUCUGAUGGUAAAUUUCAACGACAAUAUGCAGGUGGUUGGAAAAAUAAUAUGCGACAUGGAUAUGGAAAUUUAUUCUUUUCGGAUAAUGAAUAUUAUGAAGGAGAAUUUUAUGCUGAUAAACGAAAUGGAUGGGGACGAAUGUUCUAUACUGAUGGAUCAACCUAUGAAGGACAAUGGCUUGAUGAUAAACGACAUGGAACGGGCAUGUUACGUUUAGCAAAUGAUAAUCGUUAUGAAGGCGAAUGGCGUGAUGAUAAGAAACAUGGUCAUGGAAAAUUUUUCUAUGUUACUCGAGGACAACUUAUGGAAGGUUUAUGGGUUGAUGAUAUUUGUAAAGCAGGUGAAAUGAAAGAUUUUGGACGAGAUCAAGCUAUUUUACCGACGCCUUAUCCUAUUCCUGAUUUAUCACUAGCACAACCUGAUCAAGUUUUGGCAGAAGCUGAAGCCACAUUUUUGGCGACAGAUGGAUAA